AAGCCCAGCCGAGCUCCAAGACCCGUUUCUCUUAAACCCUCAUGGCAGGAAAAGAAAAAACUCCGCUGUUUCUUUUACCCUGUCUUUGCAGCGAAACCCUAACAAUGAACACAAAACUAAUCUCUAAAACCCUAAUCCAAACUCAAAAUGCAAUCAUUUCCAGAUCUUACUACACCAACAAAACUAAUAAAGCUACCCUGUACUCAAAGCUCAGUCCUUUAGGAAGCACCCCAAGUUUGGAGCCUGAGCUUGACAGCUGGAUCCAAAGCGGAAAGAAGGUCAAGGUUGCCGAGCUUCAACGCAUUAUCCACGAUUUUCGCAUGCGAAAACGGUUCACUCACGCCCUUCAGGUGUCAGAGUGGAUGAAUAAAAAGGGCAUUUGCAUAUUCUCACCAAGUCAACAUGCUGUUCAAUUGGAUUUGAUUGGUAGAGUUCAUGGGCUUGUUUCUGCUGAGAACUAUUUCAAUAACCUGAGGGACCAGGAUAAAAAUGAAAAGACAUACGGUGCACUUCUGAAUUGUUAUGUUCAGAAGCGUGAAACUGAUAAGUCCAUCUCGCAUUUGCAGAAAAUGAAAGAGAUGGGCUUUGCCAAAUCAUCUCUCUCUUACAAUGACAUUAUGUGCCUCUACACGAAUGUUGGCCAGCUUGAGAAGGUUCCUCAGGUCCUAAAUGAGAUGAAGGAAAAAAAUGUUUCACCUGAUAACUUCAGCUACAGACUUUGCAUGAAUUCCUAUGGUGCUCGAGGUGACCUUGAGGGAAUGGAAAAGAUGUUGAAUGAGAUGGAGCACCAACCGGACAUUGUUGUGGACUGGAACUCAUAUGCUGUUGCUGCUAGUUCUUACAUCAAAGGUGGCCUUACUGAUAAGGCCAUUGAUUCCCUGAAAAAAUCAGAAACAAGGCUAGAUAAGAAAGAUGGAACUGGUUACAAUCAUCUGAUUUCACUCUAUGCCACACUAGGGGAGAAGACUGAGGUUUUGAGAUUGUGGGAUCUGGAGAAAUCUACUUGUGGAAGGCCUAUAAACAAGGAUUAUAUCAACAUUAUGGCUUCUCUAGUGAAGCUUGAUGAGUUUGAAGAAGUGGAGAAAGUGCUAAAAGAGUGGGAAUCAUCCGGCAAUUUUUAUGAUGUUCGGGUGCCAAAUACCCUUAUUAUUGGGUACUCUGGUAAAGGCUUGUAUGAGAAAGCAAAGGCACUGCUUGAGAACUUGACCGAGAAAGGAAAGGCGACUCUCCCAAACAUUUGGGGCAAAGUUGCUGCAGGAUUCUUUGACAAAAAUGAGGUGGCAAAAGCUUUCAGCUGUAUGAAGGCUGCCCUCUGCCUAUACGAGGAGAAUAAAGAAUGGAAGCCAAAUCAAAAGGUAAUCAGUGGCAUUUUGAGUUGGCUUGGUGAUGAAGGUAGUGCUGAAGACACAGAAGCUUUUGUGUCCUCGUUGAAGAAUGUCAUCCCAAUGAACAGGGAAAUGUAUCAUGCUGUAUUGAAGGCACAUAUAAGAGCUGGGAAAGAAGUGCAUGGACUGUUGGACGCCAUGAAAACUUACAAGAUAAAGGAGGACGAAGAAACUAAGAAAAUCUUGAGCAUGAUGCAGAAUUAAAUUCAACAACAUAAGGCCUUAAUGUUAUUCCAUUGAGAACCACAAUAACUCCCGUAUUCAAAUCAAGUUUGUUCCUGAGAGAAUCAUGCAACUGGUGCAGCACUCCAUUUUGUCUGUCUAGUUGCGCUGAAGCAAUUGGUAGUUCAAAUUUAUCAAGAUUAUUCCCUUGCUUGCUACCAGCUGUCCAUAUGAAAUUGUUCGAGCUAAUCUUGAUGGGUUUUAUUUAUAUGCUUGGUCCAUUUAAUUUAUCGACAGCCUUAUUCCAUGCAUAAUGCAUUGGCUAGAGUGCUGCUUGGGAUUUGCUGUCUCCCCGUUCUCUCUGGUUUGAAGAUAGAUUUAUACCCCCACACAAAUUAAAGGUGGAAGACAAUCCUUCUCCCUUAAAAACUACUUACAGUGUUUCGUUAGGAGAUAAUCCCAUCCUUGUACUUGGUUCUUUUUUUCUUUGUAGCAUUUAUUGCUUAAAAA